UUAUAUUCCAUCCCGAUAAAUCUAUCCAUUUCUCACUUCACUCUCAUAUUCUCUGUAUCGAGAAUCCAAUUCUGAGAAAUCAACCAUGUCUCACUUCGGUAGGUCAGGUCCUCCAGACAUCUCCGAUACCUACUCUCUUCUCGUUCUCAACAUCACCUUCCGUACCACCGCCGAUGACCUAUUUCCGUUGUUUGAUAAGUAUGGCAAGGUUGUUGACAUCUUCAUCCCCAAAGAUCGAAGGACCGGUGAAUCAAGGGGUUUCGCUUUUGUGCGUUACAAAUAUGCUGAUGAAGCUUCCAAGGCUGUUGAUAGGCUCGACGGAAGAAUGGUUGAUGGUCGUGAAAUAACUGUUCAGUUUGCAAAAUAUGGCCCUAAUGCUGAGAGGAUUCAGAAAGGAAGGAUUAUUGAAACAUCCCCGAGAUCAAAGAGCUCAAGGAGCCGCAGUCCCAGCAAGAGAAGUAGGCAUCGUGAUGACUACAAAGAAAAGGAUUACAGGAGGAGAAGUCGCAGCAGGAGUUAUGAUAGGCAUGAACGUGACAGGCACCGUGGGAGAGAUAGGGACCAUCGUCGCCGAAGCAGAAGCCGUAGUGCUAGUCCUGGUUACAAGGGCCGUGGAAGGGGGCGCCAUGAUGAUGAGCGUCGUAGUAGAAGCCCAAGCAGAUCAGUGGACAGCCGCUCCCCAGUGCGACGCAGUUCUAUUCCUAAAAGGAGCCCGUCUCCAAAGAGGAGCCCUUCUCCAAAGAGAAGCCCUUCUCUGAAGAGGAGCAUAUCCCCCCAAAAGAGUGUUUCCCCCAGGAAAAGUCCACUCCGUGAAAGUCCUGAUAAUCGUAGCCGUGGUGGAAGGUCUCUUACGCCUCGCAGUGUCUCACCACGAGGUCGUCCUGGUGCUUCUCGAAGCCCCUCUCCUCGAAAUUCAAAUGGUGAUGAAUAAGCUUUUCUUCAUGAAGUAUUCCAGAGACACCUCGACUAGUGUACCUGCUGCUGUGUUUGAUAAUAUUGGAUGAUUUGGUCAAUGUGAAUGAUCUUAUCAGAAUUUUGGGAAGAUUUUAUGAUCUAAGUGCAGUUUGGUAGGGUUGGAUUUCCUUUGAUGUUUGAAUGUUUCUCUAUUUUGACAUUUAUGUUGUUUACUUCGAAGUUCGGUAGCAUCUGGACCUUGUAGUUGCUAGGUUAAUAUUUCAGUACGAGGGAUUUUGCCAUUUUAGCUAGCUUUAUUUUAUUGUGUUUGCAUUUAUCUCUCCCUGCUUCUACAUUUUCAUUUCCUUUGUUAUAGGCAGGAUGGUUGUGAUCUAUCUAGGUAAAGCUGAAUUAACAACUUAUUGGGUUUUAUAGUUGUGAUCGGGAAAAGUGAUUGGGGCCUGAUAGGCGCAUGUUGAUAUUGUUGCUGUUGAUGCUGUUGUUUCUAAGUCAUCGAUGAUAGUUCGUGAGUUUGAUGCCGUUUCUAUGUCAUUGAUGAUAGUUCGUGAGUUUGAUGCUGUUUCUAUGUCAUUGAUGAUAGUUCGUGAGUUUGAUGCUGGUUUCAAGAACUAUGCUGAUUUUAGGACUGAUUGUUUUACCAAUGUGCUGGUUAGAAAGACACUUAGUUACUUGAUUUUUUCAUGAUUGAUCUGAUUUUUGGUAAGCUUUUUUGUUCACUUCCUUAUUUCUUAAAUCCUGCACACCCUUUGAGAGUUCUGAUUUUGAACUGGUAAUUGUGCUUGGUUUUCAUAAAAAAAAUGUCCCGAGAGGAAUUUUUGAUGCUGUGAUGAGCACAAGUUGAACGUAUUUUGGUACUUGGCUGAUGCCACAUAGGAGUUGGACCAGUCAUUUGUUGAAUCAGAUGCAGAUACUAAACAUAAUCUGUGAUACUAAAUAUGAAUCCUAAUUUGCCGGUGUGUUGCUUCUAAUCACGAUGAACGAGUCAAUGGUAAAAUAUUCAAGGUUACUUUUUUCUAAGAUAUUUUACUGGAUACUUAUUUUAACAUUAGCCUUUUGAGUUUGUAAUAUCUGCUACUUAAUGUAGUGAGAUAUGUUUGCUGUAGCACAUUGCUCCUUGAUUGUAGCUGUGAGGUGGUUGCUGAUGCAUCUUAAAUAUGAAUGUGUGUUCGUGAGUAAUUUGGACUGUUGCUGCCCUUUUUGCUGGGGUCGGGUUUGCAAUGGUAUUAGCUGUUGGUAGUUCGUGCUGAUGAUGUCUGUCUAGCAGCAUUGCUGGUUUCUGUUGAUUCCAAAGCCGCCCGGCAGAAUGCAUUUCUCUAUUUAAGCUUGUGGUUCGCUUUUUGUUGUUUUACAUUCAUUCAUUUAUUUUUUGUAUGGCGGAAAUAUUUAUAUUUUUAUUGCUUGUCACUUGGUACUUGAUCAUUUUGAUCUCUACUUCGAUAUUGUGGUGUGGUUAUUGAGAUGCCCACAUGUAUGAA